UGUGCAUUACGCUGCGAAUAAAAGCACCAUCAUCCUCCUGCAAUAGGAACGUCGUUGUGCUGGAGAUAAGGGCAUCCUCCCAGCUCCCUGUGCUCAUGACUACCGACUAGGGUCGCUCAUUUUCGCUUGACGCCGCGGGAUAAAAGGACUGCAUUAUGGUAAAACACCGCCCAGAGAGAGACAGCUGGGGUGAGUGGUCUCUGAGUGACAAAAAUGUUUAUGAGUGGAGCUCAGAGGAAGAGGAGCCGGAUGGACGAGCCCGGCCCGUCCAGGUGCUGCUGGUCAAAGACGACCACACCUUCGAGCUGGACGAGGCGGCGCUGAGCCGCAUCCUCCUCUCCGAGGAGGUCAGGGACCGAGAAGUGGUGGCCAUCUCUGUGGCGGGGGCUUUCCGCAAGGGCAAGUCCUUCCUCAUGGACUUCAUGCUGCGCUAUAUGUACCACCAUGCGUCUGAAAACUGGCUCGGCGACGCUAACGAGCCGCUGACGGGCUUCUCCUGGAGGGGGGGCUCUGAGAGGGAAACCACUGGGAUCCAAAUCUGGAGCGAGGUCUUUCUGGUGGAUAAACCAGAUGGUAGAAAGGUGGCCGUGUUGCUGAUGGACACGCAGGGAACAUUUGACAGCCAAUCCACGCUCAGGGAUUCCGCCACCGUGUUCGCCCUGAGCACCAUGAUCAGCUCCAUGCAGGUUUACAACAUUUCCCAGAACGUACAGGAGGAUGACCUCCAACACUUGCAGCUUUUCACGGAGUACGGAAGGCUAGCGAUGGAGGAAACUUUCCUAAAACCUUUCCAGUCCCUGAUUUUCCUGGUCCGAGACUGGAGCUUUCCAUACGAGUUUCCCUACGGACAGGAGGGGGGGAUAAAGUUUCUAGAGAAAAGACUGAAGAUCUCUGAGAACCAGCAUGAGGAACUUCAGAACGUACGGAAGCACAUCCACUCCUGCUUCACCAACAUCUCCUGCUUCCUGAUGCCUCACCCCGGCCUCAAGGUGGCCACCAACCCUCACUUCGACGGCAGAAUUAAAGAGAUUGACGGCGAGUUCAUAAAUAACCUGAAGAUCCUGAUCCCCUGGAUCCUCAGUCCUCGUAACAUCGACGUGAAGGAGAUCAACGGGAGCAAGAUCACCUGCAGGGGCCUGCUGGAGUACUUUAAGGCAUACAUCAAAAUAUACCAAGGGGAAGAGUUGCCUCAUCCAAAGUCGAUGCUGCAGGCCACAGCAGAGGCCAACAAUUUAGCAGCAGUUGCAGCUGCAAAGGAUCUCUACAACAAAAAAAUGGAGGAGGUCUGCGGGGGUGAUAGACCCUUCCUGGCCCCCAGCGAGCUGCAGAACCGACACGGAGCCAUCAGGGAGGAGGCCCUGCAGCUCUUCCGUGGCGUCAAAAAGAUGGGUGGCGAGGAGUUUAGCCGCCGCUACCUGCAGCAGCUGGAAAGCGAGAUCGACGAGGUGUUUGUUCAGUACAUCAAGCACAACGACUCCAAGAACAUUUUCCACGCUGCCCGCACGCCGGCAACACUCUUCGUGGUCAUCUUCGUCAUGUACGUGGGCGCGGGGAUCACGGGCUUUGUGGGUGUGGACAUCAUCGCCAGCUUGUGCAACAUGAUCCUGGGCCUGGCGCUGAUCACUCUCUGCACCUGGGCCUACAUCCGCUACUCAGGGGAGUACAGGGAACUCGGCGCCGUCAUCGACCAGGUGGCCGGAGCGCUUUGGGACCAGGGGAGCACAAAUGAGGCUCUGUAUAAGCUGUACAAUGUAGCGGCCAACCACCGGCACCUGUACCACCACGCUUUCCCUGGAGCCCAUGCGGACGAAGGUGCGGAGGAGCGAGACAAGAAGAAAGACUGAUGGCAACGCAGUCGGGACUUUCUUUAGGGAUGUACAGAGGGGGAGGGGGAAGGAGAGGGGACAUCCUCACCCAUGGAGCACUUCUGUAUUCUGGUGAUGGCUGCUGCAGCCAACAAGUCCAGGCACUACUUUAAUCCUUAUACUGAACUUUAUAACGUUCAUAUAUCAGAUUGUCAGAGCACCUCAGUAGUGGGGGGAGGGGUCGUGUGUCACGUUUCAUCUGGACAGAUACAGGGGGCGCUCUGCUGGAGGAGACCUCCUCGUACCCGUCUGCCGUUUAGAAUCACAGAUCUCUGUCAUUUAAUGCAGGCAAUUCUUUUUUUUCCAAAGUGUUGCAGAGUUUGUGAGACAAAUGUUCUGUUCUUUAAGGUUUCGUGUUUAUAUCUACGAUCUGCAAAGGCCAAAUUAUGUACAGUGUGUUGAAUAAUGAAGCAGCAUUAUCUGCAUGUUGAUGUUUCUCAUCUUUAAGCUCAGAAUUCAGGUAUACUUUUUAAGAAAAAAAACAUGUUUUAAUGGUUGUGACAAAGUGGUAUCGUGCCAUAAAAUGUUGAUUUGU